UGAUGUCGCGUGUCGUGCCAGGUGCGCACAUGUUCCUAACCCUUCAAAUCAAGAUGUUAACGCGACCAAUUCCUGUAUAGCUGCUUGUCCAAAUAACACCACUGAAGCAUACCAAACAUGCAGAGAUAACUGUAUUUUACAAUAUUAUUCUCAACCAACUAGUUAUCCACAAAGUGCUGUUGCUGUAGCUCCUACACCAACUAACCCAAGCGCACCGUCGGGUACGAACGCAAACAUGUCGUCAACCGGAAAACCAACAUCAACACCUAAUCCUAUAUCUGCUGCGAGUCAAUUUAAAUCAAAUCUUUAUUUUGCUCUUUUCCUCGCUAUUUUAGCUGCUGCUAUUUUAUGA